AUGGGGGUCACAGAGCGCUGUGUUGCAGAGGAAGAACGUCGAGUGCGAGCCAAUGCACGGGAGUACAACGAGAAGUUCCAGUACGCAAGCAACUGCAUUAAGACCUCCAAGUACAACAUUGUCACCUUCCUGCCUGUCAACCUCUUUGAGCAGUUCCAGGAAGUGGCCAACACUUAUUUCCUCUUCCUCCUCAUCCUGCAGCUGAUUCCUCAGAUCUCUUCGCUCUCCUGGUUUACCACCAUUGUGCCUUUGGUUCUUGUCUUAACCAUCACAGCUGUCAAAGAUGCCACUGAUGACUAUUUCCGCCAUAAAAGUGACAACCAGGUGAACAACCGGCAGUCUCAGGUCCUGAUCAGUGGAGUCCUUCAGCAAGAGCAAUGGAUGAAUGUCCGUGUUGGAGACAUCAUCAAGUUGGAGAACAACCAGUUUGUGGCGGCUGACCUCCUCCUCCUCUCCAGCAGUGAACCCCAUGGGUUAUGCUACAUAGAGACUGCAGAGCUGGAUGGAGAGACCAACAUGAAGGUGCGUCAGGCCAUCCCCGUCACCGCAGAGCUGGGGGACACCAGCCAGCUGGCUUGCUUUGACGGUGAGGUGAUCUGUGAACCCCCCAACAACAAGCUGGACAAGUUUGGUGGGACACUGUACUGGAAGGAGAACAAGUACCCCCUGAGCAACCAGAACAUGCUGCUGCGGGGCUGCGUCCUCCGCAACACUGAGUGGUGCUUUGGCCUCGUCAUCUUUGCAGGACCUGACACAAAACUGAUGCAGAACAGCGGCCGGACCAAAUUUAAACGGACAAGCAUUGACCGGCUGAUGAACACGCUGGUGCUCUGGAUCUUUGGGUUCCUGGUGUGCAUGGGAGUGAUCCUGGCCAUUGGCAAUGCCAUCUGGGAGCACGAGGUGGGCGUCUGCUUCCAGAUCUACUUGCCCUGGGACGAGGGGGUACACAGUGCCUUCUUCUCUGGCUUCCUUUCCUUCUGGUCCUACAUCAUCAUCCUCAACACUGUGGUGCCCAUCUCGCUCUAUGUGAGUGUUGAGGUGAUCCGGCUUGGGCACAGCUACUUCAUCAACUGGGACAAGAAGAUGUACUGUGCCAAGCGCCGGACGCCAGCUGAAGCCCGCACCACCACCCUCAACGAGGAGCUGGGGCAGGUGGAGUACAUAUUCUCUGACAAGACUGGCACCCUCACCCAGAAUAUCAUGGUCUUCAGCAAGUGCUCUGUGAAUGGGCACAGCUAUGGUGAUGUGCAGGACAUGCUGGGCCACAAGGCAGAGCUGGGAGAGAGACCGGAACCUGUAGACUUCUCCUUCAACCCCCUGGCGGACCCACGGUUCCAGUUCUGGGAUCCCAGCCUACUGGAAGCUGUCAAGCUGGGAGACCUCCACGUGCAUGAGUUCUUCCGUCUACUCUCGCUUUGUCACACUGUCAUGUCCGAGGAAAAGAGUGAAGGGGAGCUGUUGUACAAGGCACAGUCCCCGGAUGAGGGAGCGCUGGUCACAGCUGCCAGAAACUUUGGCUUUGUGUUCCGGUCGCGCACGCCCAAGACCAUCACAGUGCAUGAGCUGGGUCAAGCCAUCACCUACCAGCUGCUGGCCAUCCUGGACUUCAACAACAUCCGCAAGCGCAUGUCCGUCAUCGUCCGGAGCCCUGAGGGAAAGAUCCGGCUGUACUGCAAAGGUGCUGACACCAUCCUGCUGGAGCGGCUGCAUCACAUCAACCAGGACCUGACCAGCAUUACCACCGACCACCUCAAUGAGUAUGCUGGCGAGGGCCUGCGGACACUAGUGCUGGCCUACAAAGACCUGGAGGAGAGCUAUUACAAGGACUGGUCCGAGCGGCUGCACCGAGCUGGCAGUGCUUCUGAGGCCCGUGAGGAUCACCUGGCUCGGCUCUACGAUGAGGUGGAGCAUGAUAUGAUGCUGCUUGGAGCCACAGCCAUUGAGGACAAACUGCAGCAGGGGGUCCCUGAAACCAUUGCCAUCCUGACACUGGCCAACAUCAAGAUCUGGGUGCUGACAGGGGACAAGCAGGAAACAGCUGUGAAUAUUGGCUACUCCUGCAAGAUGCUGACAGAUGAUAUGGCAGAGGUGUUUGUGGUCACAGGCCACACUGUGCUGGAGGUGCGAGAGGAGCUCAGGAAAGCCCGGGAGAAGAUGAUGGAUGCAUCACGUUCUGUGUGCAAUGGCUUCUACCAGGAGAAGCUCUCCUCCAAGCUUACCUCUGUGUUGGAAGCUAUUGCGGGCGAAUACGCCCUGGUCAUCAAUGGGCACAGCCUGGCCCAUGCACUGGAGGCAGACAUGGAGGCAGAAUUCCUGGAGACAGCAUGUGCCUGCAAGGCUGUUAUCUGCUGCCGUGUCACACCCCUGCAGAAAGCCCAGGUGGUGGAGCUGGUGAAGAAGUACAAGAAAGCUGUCACUUUGGCCAUUGGGGAUGGGGCCAACGAUGUCAGCAUGAUCAAGACUGCCCACAUUGGGGUGGGCAUCAGUGGGCAGGAAGGCAUCCAGGCCGUACUGGCCUCCGACUACUCCUUCUCCCAGUUCAAGUUCCUACAGCGCCUGCUCCUGGUGCAUGGGCGCUGGUCCUACCUGCGCAUGUGCAAGUUUCUUUGCUACUUCUUCUACAAGAAUUUUGCCUUCACCAUGGUCCACUUCUGGUUUGGUUUCUUCUGUGGCUUCUCAGCACAGACAGUGUAUGACCAGUACUUCAUCACUCUGUACAACAUUGUCUACACGUCGCUGCCUGUGCUCGCUAUGGGUGUCUUUGACCAGGAUGUGCCAGAGCAGCGGAGCAUGGAGUAUCCCAAACUCUAUGAGCCUGGGCAGCUGAACCUGCUCUUCAACAAGCGGGAGUUCUUCAUCUGCAUUGCCCAGGGCAUCUACACAUCCAUCCUCAUGUUCUUCAUCCCCUACGGAGUCUUCGCUGAUGCCACCCGUGAUGAUGGUGCCCAGCUGGCCGACUACCAGUCCUUUGCCGUCACUGUUGCCACCUCCCUUGUGAUUGUCGUCAGUGUGCAGAUCGGGUUAGACACAGGAUUCUGGACAGCUAUCAACCACUUCUUCAUCUGGGGCAGCCUGGCCGCCUACUUCACCAUCCUGUUCACCAUGCACAGUGACAGCCUCUUCCGAAUGUUCCCCAACCAGUUCCGCUUUGUGGGUAACGCACAGAACACACUGGCCCAGCCCACGGUCUGGCUGACCAUCGCCCUCACCACCGUAGUUUGCAUCAUGCCUGUUGUGGCCUUUCGCUUUCUUAAGCUGGACCUGAAACCAGAACUCUCGGAUACGGUGCGCUACACUCAGCUGGUACGGAAGAAGCAGAAGACACAGCACCGGUGCAUGCGGCAUGCAGGGCGUGUGGGCUCACGCCGCUCUGGCUAUGCCUUCUCACAUCAGGAGGGUUUCGGGGAGCUCAUCAUGUCUGGCAAGAACAUGCGGCUCAGCUCCUUGGCACUCUCCAGCUUUGCCCCCCGCCCCAAUGCCAGCUGGAUCGAUACCCUCCGGAAGAAAAAGGGCUGCGAGGGCAGCAGUGCUGGCAGCCCCAGUGGUGCAGCUGACAAGACUCUCAAGGUCUGAGGCUGGAGGGGAUCACAUCCCCUCCAGUGCAGCUGAGGGCUCCUGGCCCUGGGCAUGGCAAAACCCCUUGUCAGCAGGGUCCCAUAAUAGGAGCAGAGGUGAUGUGGGGGCUGAGGUUUGGAGGAGUCUGGACUGUCGCCUUCUAGCCAAAAAAUAUAGUCUUUCCCUUCCUGGUGUGGA